AUGCGCCAUCACGUGCAUUUGGUGGGCGAGAUCAAGGGCACAUGGAAGCCGGAGGAAGAUGAGGCCCUACGCAGGGCCGUGGACCGCGCGGGCGACAAGAACUGGAUGGCCGUGGCGCGCGAGGUCAACAUGGCGCUGGCCUACGAGGGCGGCGGCCGCACCGCCAAGCAGUGCCGCGGCCGCUACAUGCACCACCUGAAGCCCGGCCUCAAGCGCGGCCCCUGGACCUGGGAGGAGGAGGAGACGCUGGUGCGCAGCCACCAGCUGCUGGGCAACUCCUGGUCCAAGAUCGCCAAGUACCUACCGGGCCGCACCGAGACUGACAUCAAGAACCACUGGAACUGCACCCUGCGCAAGAAGAUGCCGUGGGACGACGUCCACCGCAGCCCCCUGCAGCGCUACCAGCUCGCCCACGGCCUCUCCACCGGCCGCGCCGCCAUGGCGCGCGUCCCCGGCGGCCCCUCCCCCCCGCGCCUCGGCGGCCACGGCGGCUACGACGACGGCGACGAGGGCGAGGACGACGUCGCGGCCGCGGGCAUGGGUGACGGCAGCGGCGGCGGCGGCGUGCCGUUCGCGGCCUACCCGCCGGACGUGCUGGUGGCCGCGCAGGACGCCGCGGCCGAGCUGCUGGAGUCGGACGCCGGCCGCACGAUGACGCCAGACGUGGCGGCCGCGGUGCUGGCGAGCCGCGGGCACCCGUUUGACGUCGCGUUCACGGCGGUGCUGCUGCAGCUGCAGCACUCGGUCGAGGCGGCCGCCGCGGCCAGCCUGGACGCGGCCGCGGAGGUGCAGGCCGACGGCGGCCCCGACGGGGAAGAGGGCGGCGCCGGCGCCGGCGGCGGCGCGGAGGUUGGCGCGGACGACGACGGCCGCGCCGCCGCGGGCCACCAGCUCGCGUUGAAGGCGGACAGCGACGCCGGCCACGCCCUGGAACCCGGCGGCGACGGACACGGCGGCAGCCAGGGCGACGGCGGCGGCGGUGGCUCGCUCGCCGCGGCGGUCGCCGCGCUCGCCGGGCUCGCCGCGCACCGCGACCCGGCCGCGCCUUCGCCGCCGCCGCCGCUGCCGUUGGCAGGCCCCUCCGUCCUUGCGGCCCCGCUCGCGCCGGUGCCCUCCAGCGGCAGCGGCGGCCUGCCGCUCCUGCUGACCGCGGCGCCGGCGCCGCCGGCCGCCCUGCCGCUGGUCGCGGCGCUGGCGUCGGAGGGCUCGCCCAGGGACGUCCUGCGGCGCGUGGCGGCCGUGCUGACCGCGCUCGCCGACGGCGCGGAGGCGCGCGCAAACGGCGGCACGGGGGUUGCGGUCGACGCUGCAGACGCUGACGUGGCGCUGGAGUACCUGAGGGAGCGGCUGGGGCUGGGGCAGGCUGGCUCUGGGUGCGACGCCGAGAUGCAGCCCGGCCUGCCCAGCGUCACGCAGGCGGCGACGCCGUCGCUGCCGCCGCCCGCGCUGCCGCUGCCGCGGGCGCUGCAGCGGCAGAAGCGCGCCGCCGACGAGGGCGUGCCCGCGCCAGCGGCCAAGCGCGCGGCGCUGGGCGGCGCUGGCGCCGCCAACGGCAUGUUUGUGGCGGAGGCCCCCACGGUGCCGCGCGCCGCAAUGGCGCAGUUGGUUGCGCCGCCGCUGCUGCCCCAGCUGGUGCCCCUGGGCAGCUUCACGGCGUCCGCCUCAGGCGCGCUGCCCCUGCCCGUGGUCGCGCCGCGACCCGAGCCGGCCGCGGCGGCGGCCGACGCUGCUGCGGCUGCGGCCGCUGCGGUGAGCGGCGCGGAGAUCCGCGCCGCGAUGGCCGCGGCGAUGGCGGGCGGCGACAGCGAUGAGGAAGAUGAGGAGGAGGGUGACGAUGAGGAGGAAGACGAGCAGGAGGGGGACGGAGGUGCAGAGUGCGCGGGGGACAGCAAGGGCGGCGUCGACGCCGCAGCCGGUAGCUCCGGGGCGAGCAGCAGCGGGGCUGCGCCUCACUCUGAGGGUUGA